CAGCAACAUAAAGAAAGAGAAAUACCUCACAGUGUGUGCCUGCUGACAGGGAAUGGUGCAGAAUGGCUCUUUGGAAAUUAUUUCUGGUUUUUGUGCUUCAGUUUGAAGCAGGAAUCAGUGGUGAACCAUACUUUCUCUAUCACAGACCAGGAAAUUAUGUCAUUUUGCCCUGUGACAAGGUGCCUGAUACGUGCUCCAUGGUUACCUGGUUUUACAACAGAGAGCCAUCUCAGACAACACAGGUGGUUUAUCAUGGAGAUGUUAAGAACUCAACCCAAGCUACCAGACUAAGUCUUCACAGUGACUGCUCUCUGUGCAUCAACAACAUCACUACUGAGGAUGCUGGUGUUUACAACUGUCGGCCUGAGGGGACCACUGGCCAGGACACAACUGUCUAUCUAAAUAUUUUGACUAUUUCAGCAUCUCCAUCAAACCCCGACCUACAGAUGAAUGGAAACAUCACAUUAAAGUGCUCUUUGUUCAGACUCAGUAGCCUCCCUUGUGACGAGAUAAGCAUCCGCUGGGUGGAUGACACAGGAACUGUGCUGCUUAAUAAAGUCAGAUACACUGGACGCACAUGCAUUUCACUUCUAACAGUGAAGCUUCACAGUGACCACAACAAACGAUACACCUGCCAGAUUGUUGAAGAAAACAAUGUGAUGAUGGAAACUCACUACACACCAGUCUUCAUAGGUAGGUUAUAUAUAACGAUUAGAUGAUUUUUAUCCAUUAAACACUGAUGAACAGAGACCACAGAUUCCAUAGCUCAUUACACACCUCUAGGUAGAAUAAAUAAGCUGGUUAAUUCUACCUAAUAUGUGCAAGUCGCUGCUAUAAAUACAUUUUUAAAAAGGCAAAUUGCCUUAGAUUUGAAAAGACAAUAAGUUCUAUCGGUGACGAGGGGAAAACCACCAUGGUAACUUGUGAUAACUGAUUGGUCAGUAGGUAAUGACAUCACACUGUAAAGAUUGACCCGACACACUGUGAUGCUGUUCACUUGAGGAGUGUUUAUUGAAGCAACACACAUGUGGCUUUAUGUUUCGGCACGCUGUUCACCAACUUUUGAGUUAGUCAUCUGCGAACACCCCUCCCUCUAGCCUCUGGCUUCACUAUAUAAAAAGGGAGAAACUAGUUAGGAAAAUCAUCGCCACCUGUCCCUCCAGCCUCCUUGGCACCACCCACUUGAGCUUAACUGCCCCAAUCCUCCCCUGCAGCUUAGCCAGAGAUCACACCGCCGCCACACAUACCUGUUGAUUUCAGGCAGUAGAACCUGUUCUCUAACAAUUAGAGAUCUCUAAGAUUAGUAGUUCAGUCCCAGGUUCCAUCUGCUCUUGACUAGGUUUGAUCUCCUAAUUGUCCUGGAUGUAGCCGUGAGUGUGUGUGACUGCUAGAAAAAGUGCUUGAAGGCCUAUUUGAAUUGGUGGCUUGUAGUAAAAAGCAGUAUGAGAGCAAGUCCAGUUAUAAUUACCAAGAAAAGACACAAAGCUAAUUUUACAGAACAGAGAAAGAUGAGGCAGAGAGCAGGAAGAGUAAAACAUGGACAGUAAAACAGACAAAGACUCAACAGUAUCAUUAGAAAUUACUGUUACAAAAAUAACAAAAUCAAAAUGGGAAUUGAAAACUCAAACAAUAAAAAAAUAAAUGAAUGUAGAGCACAAGAACAGCAGUAAGAUCAAACAAAAAAGUGCCCAAUGCCAGGGACUGUAACCCACAUUCAGAUUCAUACAUACCGUCAAACUGUGCAGAUACAUUGGGUGACGAAUGGGACUAUUUCACAAGUUUUGAAACCAGGAAACCAGGAACAGGAAAUGUUAUCACUUCUGUUCUUCUGUGCCAGAGAGCCUAAUUUGAGCCUGUAGAGAGAGAUGCAACAACACAUUUCUUCACUAUUAACAAUCCUGAUUUUUAUGCUUCAGUUUGAAGCAUGCAUCAGUGAAACCUACAUCGAUGUUUAUUACACACCAGGAAAUGAUGUCGUUCUCCCCUGUGAUAACACAUCCUCAUUGAACUCAUCAUGCUCCAUCAUUACGUGGUUUUAUAACAGAGAUA